AUGUCCGGUAGAACAAGAUUCAAUAAGAACAACGCGACGAAGUUUGCUGUGGUGCAUAGACCACACGAUGAUCCUAAUUAUCAUGAUCCCGAGGCAGGUGAACAUGUUCUUGUUCCUGUUCAGAAUCGUCAUAAAAAGAAGGAUGUCUCACAGAGUUCAGAAGAUGGGCCAAUUCCGAAACUUGUCUCUACACCAACUGCACCAAGCACAUCAGCUUCUAAAAAUGCUGUUAAUGAACACGUCGGUGAAGCAGCUCUAUAUGGUAUUACAUUUGACGAUUCCAAAUACGAUUAUACACAGCAUUUGAAACCUAUUGGCUUAGACCCAUCCCAUUCCGUUUUCAUUCCUGCCAAGAGUAAGAAGCCUAUUGAGAAGAAGAAGUUGAAGGAUCCAGAAUCUCUGUUUGUGGAGCCAAGCUAUCAAGAUCUGGAGAACAAGGCUGCUGAGCCGUUGUUUGUGAGAGGUGUUGCCAAGCAAGAAUAUUUGGAUCAAAUGCAAGAGAUUCCGGGAGAACUUGUGGGGUUCAAGCCUGAUAUGAAUCCUGCCUUGAGGGAAGUCUUGGUGGCAUUAGAAGACGAUGCAUACGUUAUCAAUGAGGAUGUUGCUGUCGAAAUCAAGCCUAAGAGUAACAACGCUGCUGAGGGUUUAGAUGAAGACGAUGAUGAUAUUUUCGCCGAGUUGUUGGGUAGUGGUAAAGCCGAUGGUGCAGAUGAAUUUGAAGAUGAAUUUGAUGAAUGGGAUAUGCAAGAUCUAGACAACUUCGAAGAAGAACAUUAUAAACAGGAAAUGGCACAGUUCGAUGACAUCGGAAAAUUGCAGGAUCUACAAGGUAUCGAUGUUUCUGCAGAUGUCAGAAGGUUCAAGCUACAACAAAAGAAAGUGAGAAACGACUGGGAUUCGGAGAACGAUUUCAGUGAUGACGACAAUGGUUCAAUUAAUCACAGCGAAGAUGAAGAAGAGCUAAAGGAAGAAGUUGAAGAUGGAGACGUGCUAGGAUCAUUGCCAAGCUUCAAGACUAGUAGCAAAACUGGUGGUAAAGCUCGUAAAGCCCGUCAUAAGAAAGGUGCCAUGUCUGACGUCUCUGGAUUCUCAAUGAGUUCAAGUGCACUUGCACGUACAGAAGUGAUGACUGUGUUAGAUGAUAAAUACGAUCAAAUCAUCGGAGGAUAUGAAAACUAUGAAGAAGAGUUAGCUGAAGAUGAAGAGAAACAUGAAAGCUUUGAUAUGCUCAAAGAACGUCCAGAUCUCGAAUCUAUGCUCGACGAUUUCCUGGAUAAUUAUGAACUUGGAAGUGGUAAUAGAAAGCUAGUUAAGAAGGAUGAAGAGAUCGCCAGACUAAAAGAAGCUGCUGACGAAGUCAGCAAAGGUAAGCUAUCGAUGAGAAGAAAAAGGGAAAAGGAGAAGAAAUCCGUGAAAGGGAUUACAAAUGGACUUAACAGUCUCAAGUUUUAA